CUCAUACUUGUUCUGUGCUGUGCAAGUCAGACGGCAGCUGGUGGCGGCGAAGGUUACUCCAAACGGAGUACCGGCGUUGCAGCCACUGCUAGGCAGCGAGAACCCCAAACGGGGGCGAGGCUGUUGGGCACAAGAGCCGAGAAGCCUGCGGAGAAAGGCAGCGCCGAAGGAGGUGCACGGAUCUUGCCCAUAAGCUCCACCAAAACGGUUGUAAGAGCUGCCGAGGGCGGACGGGACUAACGGAUAGGAGAGUCACAACCGUCCGGUUGGCAGCAUACAAGCGGGGAGACGAAUCUGGAUCAUCUGGAUCAUUUCCUUGUGCAGACGGAAAGGUAAACAGAUGGCUUAUGCCAAGUAUUACGAUAGCCAGUGCAGCGGAUGUUAUCAGAAUACUCUUCGUCGCCCAUGCGCAGAAUGUCUUCUGACAGCGAUUGAAGACACAGAUGGCCAGGUUUUCGCACUCGUAUCAGAGGUUGUUCUUGGAAAUCUCAACGCAUACGAGCGAUUACGCCAGAGAGAUUUGUGGCAGUAUGUGGAGCGCAAUCCCAGUUAUCAUCAGCGAGUCUACAGCGCAGUUGUCCAGCAUAUCAAGCAGAUUACGUUGUGGAAUCAUGAGACUCCACCUCCAGAACCGCGCCAAAUGGAUGAGCGUCGUCCACCUCAGCCAGUGACAGCUCAUCGAGAUCAGCGAACCGGCAGCGCCCCAUUAUUGCCACGUCCAGUUCAGCAGCAGCAGUCGCAGACGCGUUACGCGGAUGUGACACGGGAUCAGCGCAGUGAUUCUCGCCAGUCAAGCAGCAGUCAGCCAGAGCAGCGCCAGAGAGGAGGACCAAGGAUUAGUUAUAAUCCUUUUAGUGGUCCACAGUUUGAGCUACAGAUGGUAAGAACUUACAGUGAAUCAGCCAGUAUUGCAUCAGUGUCAGAUGAUUGUUCAAUCCCGUCACAGACAUCAGAGAAGAAGCCAGAUCCGAAGGAAGUUAUGCCAGAGUUGGAUUCAGUGGAAAAUCAUGUGAAAAUGAUUAUGAAGCAUAUGGACUUGAGUAAUCAGAGACGCUCCGCAGAAUAUCAUGCAGCGAUUACACUUGUGGUUCAGGACUUCCACGAGUUUGAACGCGAACUGGAUUUAUACGCAGCGAUGAGAAAUUCCCACUGGAAGACAGAGCAGCCUUACGGCAGAGAACUGUUUUAUGCAUACGCAGAUAUCCGGCAGAAUGGACUCGCAGGUUAUCUGGGUUUGAAUGAACUCAGUGACCCGAUCAGUAAAGUUGAUUACGAGAAGUUGUCGCAGUUCAUGUAUCAUGGGAAAACGUAUUAUUUGGAUAUCUUGUAUCAGUGGAUCAGUCCGUUCGCCAAUCCCGCAAUGUUUUUGGUUGGAUGUAAGGCAGCUUCACACUGCCUCCGCAUCUGGAAAAUCGCCAGAGAACUUCCAGAGAUGCAAUGGGAAGACCCGGAUAAAUUCAAGGAAAUUCGUACCUUUUUUGGUCGAAUGUUGGCAGCGUUGUUAGGCCAGUGGAACAGCAAUCGUUUCGUAUAUGAUCGCAAAGAGCCAGCUCGUAUGGUGCGUCAUUUCCGUGGAAUUGGCACGCCACUGAAUGAAAUUGAUCAGAAACGGUUGUAUAACGCAGCGAUAGCCAGAGAAGAGAAAUUAGCCAGGGAAAUUCCGAAACCAUUCGUUCGGAAUCCAUUUGACGCUAUCGGUGAACAUCAGAAGAACUUGGAUCGCAACUUUAAAAAGCGAGGGAUCACGGAGAUUUCCUCUAGCCAGGGUGAUGGUCAGCGCAGUGUUGCACCGUCACCUACCAGCCCGGAUCAGCCACCGCCAAAGAAAGUCGCAGAGAAGGCGCCAGAUACUUCCAAGAAGAAAGUUACGUUGGAACUCACCUUGGCAACGGCAGCGAUGCAGAACACUACUCUUGCUGAGAGUAAUGUUAUCAGUGACGCAGAUAAGAUGGAUACAUCUAUCCCGGCAGCGGCAGAAUCAGAGAAAACGGAUGAAUCAACCGGCAAACCAGUGGAAUCAGAGAAACCACCAGCGGAACCGGUUGAAUCAGAGAAGCCAGCAGGUAAAACUGACACAGACAUUAUCAGUGAUACAGCCAGUAAAGUUAUCGAAAUGCACUCUGACGAAAGUGUGGACGGCAUUCCAGAUGCAAACUGAGGGGAAUGUAUCAGUGAUUUGCCAUUCAUACUUGCCAGAGAUGCAUCAGUGCAUUUAUCAGUAAAAUUCGGAAACUCCACGGGCAGAUACGGCUCGUGCGAGUUGGAUUGGAUACUCCUUGGGCAGAUACGGCCCUUGUGAGUCGGAUUUGGAAUGUCCCGCUUGGACUGGAUGGAUUGUACCCGCCAGCGGAGUUCCGGUAUUUUUCUUUUGUUUCUCAUAACUGACCAAAUUCCUGUUUUUGAUUAAUGAUUAAUUAGCGUUCUUUCAUUUCGAUGGAAUUUUAUUUUUG